GCCAAGAGAGCAUCCAUAGCAGCACCAAAGCUCGAGCUUUUGGCGGCGCUCCAAUGGCGGCAGCGGCAUCGGCAACCGCAGGGGUGGCGGUGGCGAUGGCGGCUUCGAGAACAUUCUUGCUCUCCGGCCCAAAGCUUUUAUGCCGUUCAAGAUCCUUCAUCCAUCCUCACAAACGCCUCACCUUCCUCUCUCGGUGCUGCUCCUCCUCCUCUUCUCCGGCCACCAUCUCGUCACUUCCCGUUUCGACGGCGAACGUCAUCGAAGUCCUCGAGGGACGUGGCCUCUUGGAUGCCAUCACCAGCGAGAAUCUCAGGUCAGUGGCUUCUACCUCCAAUGUCAAAGUAUACUGUGGCUUCGAUCCAACCGCUGAGAGCCUGCACCUUGGGAACCUAUUGGCCAUCAUCGUCCUCUCCUGGUUCCAGCGCUGCAGCCACCGCGUCGUAGCUUUGAUCGGCGGCGCCACCGGCCGUGUCGGCGACCCCUCCGGGAAGAGCCUUGAGCGCCCCGAACUCGACCUCCAAACCCUAGAGAAGAACAGCUCUGGGAUCAGCGCUUUGAUUUCCAAAAUCCUGGGCAGAGGAAAAGACCCCAACUUGGUUGAUGAAUUGGGGGAAAAUGGAGUUUCCAGUGAUAAAAAUCCCUCCUUUGUUAUCUUAAACAAUUAUGAUUGGUGGAAAGACCUAACCUUGUUGGAUUUCCUCCGAGAAGUUGGGAGAUUCGCCAGGGUUGGUACAAUGAUUGCCAAAGAGAGUGUCAAGAAGAGGUUGAUGUCUGAAGAAGGGAUGAGCUACACUGAAUUCACUUAUCAGUUGUUGCAGGGCUAUGAUUUCUUGUAUAUGUUCAAGAACAUGGAUGUGAAUGUUCAGAUUGGUGGGAGUGAUCAAUGGGGGAAUAUAACUGCCGGAACCGAGCUUAUUCGGAAGGUAUUGCAGGUUGAAGGAGCUUAUGGGCUCACAUUUCCUCUUCUGUUGAAGAGUGAUGGGACAAAGUUUGGGAAAUCAGAAGGCGGUGCCAUUUGGUUGUCUCCGGCGUUGCUGUCACCUUACAAGUUCUAUCAGUACUUCUUUUCGGUCUCAGAUGUUGAUGUUGUGAGGUUUUUGAAGAUCUUGACCUUUUUGAGCAUGGAUGAGAUCAAGGAGUUGGAAGAUGGGAUGAGGAAACCUGGUUAUGUUCCAAAUUCAGCUCAGAGAAGGCUCGCAGAGGAAGUAACACGGUUUGUUCACGGCGAUGAAGGGCUUGCUGAGGCAUUGAAGGCAACCGAAGCAUUGAGGCCCGGGGCCGAGACUAAGUUGGAUGCUGCAACAAUUGAAGGCAUAGCAGAGGAUGUGCCAUCUUGCUCUUUGGCAUGUAAUCAAGUGUUGAAUUCUAGUUUGGUUGAUCUUUCGGUCUCAACUGGUUUGUUGAGCAGCAAGUCUGCGGUGAGACGGUUGUUAAAGCAAGGCGGGCUUUAUUUGAACAAUCAAAGAAUUGAUAAUGAGGAUAAGAUUAUUGAGUCUGAUGAUGUAAUUGAUGGCAAAUUACUAUUAUUAUCAGCUGGAAAGAAGAACAAGAUGGUGGUGAGGAUAUCUUAAUUCUUUUCUCCAAAUGCUUCAACUGAUUGUUUCUGUUGUUAAUAUUUGAUGAAGAAAGCGAAAAUUAUUGUUAUUAACUUAUUAUUAUUUGCACUCACAACUUGAAAUCUAUACAUGAUGCAUAUUUUUCAGCACAUUGUUUUGCUUCAAUGAUCAGUAGUAGUCCUUUUUUAGAACUUGUGCUGGUUAUUUUCGAACAUAUAAAAUUUCCAUGUUUCUAUGGAACUUGAGUUGAUCUGAUUUUAAAUUGGAGAGAUUGUUAUCAUCUGGUUAGACAAUUGAUCACCUACAAUGUAAUGCAUAUAUGCUUUGGAGAUUAUUAACAAUGUUGAUCACUUCUUCUGUUGUGAAAAAUGGAUUGAGAUGAAA